AUGAUGAACAUCAACCUAUUCAAGCGCGACGAGGACGACAGCCUCAGCGACACCCAUCUGACGCUCCUCAUCACCCUCGUCAUGUUGGCCUUGCUCGGCGUAGCAAGCAUCACAGGCCUGCUCUUCCUACGGAGCCUCCGUCGCGCAAGGAAAAUGGAACAAGCCACCCCAGAACUCCCCAUCUACGAGAAGCGUCAAUCAAAUAUCAACCACUUGACCAUCACCGCCAUGCCAUACAAAGGCCGCGAGUCCGUCAUCACCUACUCAGAAAAGCAGACCCUCAUGGACAGCCCCACCAGCCCAGUGCCCGAGAUUCGCAUCACCUUCCCCGACGAGGUUGACGAGUCGGGCAAGCAGCACUCUGGCCGUGUUGUCGUCGUUCGUGUUGGAGACCACAGCGUUGGCCUCGAGCCUCUGCGCGAGGACCUCCCAGCCUACCAGCAGGACGCAUCAGACCGCUUCGAUUCCCUCGACUUGGAUCGUAUGGGCGGCCUGAAGGAGAAGGACGACAAGUACUACUCAUAA